AUGCCACCAGCAGAACCCGCGUAUAACGCCAUUGAGGACUAUGGCCUGAUCGGGGACAUGCACACAUGUGCCCUCGUGAGCAAGGCCGGUAGUCUGGAUUAUAUGUGCUGGCCAGUCUUCGACUCCCCUUCGGUGUUUUGCCGUCUCUUGGAUGACAAAAAGGGCGGUUACUGGUCGGUCAAGCCCUCCACUUCAGUGGUCGACCCGCACAGCAAGCAGCGGUAUCUGCCGUACUCGAAUCUGCUCGAAACACGCUGGACCAAUGAAGAUGGCGUCGUCACGAUGCUGGACUACUUCCCUGUGACGCCUAAGAAGGCGGCCCAGUCGGCCCGACUGCUCUCAGGCUACUGCCCGUGCAAUGAGCCCGGAACUAACCGCUUCAAGUCAGGACUGCAGCACUCUGGCCUGAUCAGAAAGCUCGAGUGCAGCCGUGGCUCAAUGGAAUUGCAGGUGGAAUUGUUCCCGGCUUUUAACUAUGCGAGGGACAUGUAUACGGCUCGUGCCAAGCUGGAAAAUGACUUGUGCAAGCACCAGUUGCAGAGUAUCCAUUUCGAGAGUGAGACAGAGCGGCUGCAGCUCGAGAUCUUUGCUGAUUCGCGGGAGCCCGACAAGACGGGGUAUCCCAAGGCUAAGCUGGCCAUGGAGGAGCGACCGGGAGCAAAUGGCCGCGGGCUAGUGGCCUGGAUUCGCCUGUCUGAGGGGCAGACUGUGCACUUCGUCCUGCACAGUCCCGAAAAGGCUGUGCCCAGCUCGACUACAAUGGCUGCAUACCUGUGGAAAAUGGAGGAAGAAACAUCCGACUACUGGACUGACUGGACCCGCAAGUGCGCUUUCCGUGGGCACUACCGAGAGACCGUCGAGCGCAGUCUCUUGAUCCUGAAGCUGCUCACCUACAAACCCACGGGAGCGAUAAUUGCAGCGCCCACUUUUUCACUCCCGGAAAAUGUGGGCGGCGCUCGUAACUGGGAUUACCGAUAUUCCUGGGUGCGCGACACGGCCUUCACGCUGUAUGUCUUCCUGAAAAUGGGGUACAGCAGUGAGGCGGAAGCCUACGUCACCUUCAUCUUUGACCGGAUCUUUCCGCAUGCUGCGCAGGGUAUCGAGCCCGGGAGUAAGCGGCCCUUCCUGCCGCUGAUGUUCACCAUCCGUGGCGAGUACGACAUUCCCGAACUGGAGCUGGAACACCUUGAUGGGUAUAAGGGUAGCAAGCCUGUCCGCAUCGGCAAUGCUGCUGUUUUCCACACGCAGCUAGACAUCUAUGGCGAACUCCUGGACAGCAUCUACCUCUACAACAAGCACGGCAACCCGAUCACCUAUGACCAAUGGGGUGCGAUCCGCCGCAUGGUGAACUAUGUCAUUGGCGUAAGACACCAGAAGGACAUGUCCAUUUGGGAGUCUCGCGGGCAGAUCCAGAACUUUAUCUACUCGAAGGUCAUGAUGUGGGUGGCACUGGACCGUGGCCUUCGACUGGCAGAGAAGCGAACAAGUCUGCCCUGCCCGGACCGUUUCCAAUGGAUGCAAGUACGUGACGAACUCUACGACGAGAUCAUGGACAAAGGAUACAACAUCGAGCGCGGCCAUUUUUGCCAGAGCUACGAGAGCCGCGACGUGCUGGAUGCAUCAAUUUUGAUCGCGCCGUUGGUCUUCUUCGUGGCACCCAAUGAUCCACGAUUCAUUAGCACCCUCAAGCGCAUUCUGCAAAGCCCGGAGAGAGAGGGACUGUCCAGUGCGAAAAUGGUGUUUCGAUACGACCAUGUCAAAGCCAAUGAUGGUCUUGGCGGAGGCGAGGGUGCCUUCAUCAUGGUUACCUUCUGGCUUGUUGAAGCAAUGGCUCGUGCCGCCAAGUUUGAUGUUCCUAUUCCAAACAUCUGGAAGCUCGCACUCUCACACUUUGACAACAUCUUGUCCUACUCAAACCACCUGGGGAUGUUCUCUGAAGAAGUGGCCAUUUCGGGCGAGCAGAUGGGCAAUACGCCUCAGGCGUUUAGUCAUCUGGCUUGCAUUAGUGCGGCACUCAAUCUGGAAAAAUUGGGUCGUGAGGACUAA